GAAGGAUCUGUAGUUAGACUGCAGUUUAAACUGUAGGACAAAUCUGUAGUCCGGAAACUGCAGUCAAAAGUGACUGGUAACUGCAGAUUAACUUUUUACGUAUUUACAGAUUAAAUUGUAGUUUUGGAGAAUAGUUUUAACUAUAGAAAUUGCAACGCAAAACUGCAGUUUCAACCGUUUACUUACACUUCAGUUGUAUCUGUAAGAUUGAAAUGCACUAAAUUACCACUUAAGCUGCAGUUUGCACUGUUCCGUACAUUGCAGUCGCACGUGCACUGUUGAAGUAACGCCGAACUGCAGUUUCGGUUGUGUUCGUGUUCGUCGCGUUCGUGGGCACCCGCACAGAUGAGUGCUUGUGCGUUCCGGUUCAGUGCGACCGGUAGCGCCUGCCAGGUAGGCCACCAUUCUGUCCCGCCUCACACUGGUGUGGAGACGGUGGCCUAUCCACUCCAAGCCAGGCGCCGUGGCCCAGGCCACAGCGACAGCGCUCUCUGGACGAGGCUGGCCGAGACUCCUGCUGGCCUCACGUGACUUCGCCGGUGUCAGCUUAGUCGAGUCCAGUGCAGCCCAGAGAGGACGACGGCUCCGGUCCACCCCUGCCGCACCACGCAGCUCGCUCAACAACAUCUUAGCGAUGCGAGGGACCUCAGCUUGGCACCAUGUUGCCAAGGCGUGGGCGCAAACGGGGGCCCUACAGCUCUUGGGAGUUUGAGGAAGCGCGCGCACCAAAAUCAACAUUACAUGCUGCCAUCAAUCCACCGCAACCUAAAAAGCAAAGGAAAUAUGGGCCGAAAGUUAGGUUUGCAGGUGUUUCUGCUAACCCUGCAGCGCUCCAACAUCUUUCCCCUGAUUCAGAAGAGCCUCCCAUUGAAUUGCCAUUGCUCCUACAUCCCUCCCCUGAUUCAGAAGAGCCUCCUACUGAAUUGCCAUUGGACCAGGCUCCCUCUGGUUUUGACUUGCCGUUGGACCAGCCUCUCAUUGAUGUUGAUGUUCCGUUAGACCAGCAUCCCAUUGAUUCACUGUUGGAGCAGCCCGGCAUUGAUCUUGAUUUACCAUUAGACCAGCCUCCCUUUGAUUUAACGUUGGACCAGCAUCAAGACCUUCAGUGGGAAUUCAUUCAAAAUGAAGAAGCCGGUAAUACUGAUGAAACUUUCAACAGUUCAGUUGGAGAAGAGGAAGAAAAUAGUUUUGACGAGCAGCUGGACAGUGUGCUUUCACCCGUUCCUUUAUCUGACGACCAACCUCCGCAAGAUCCAAGUGACAGUGAAGAUGAGGAAAGUGAGAUGGCUGUAGCUCCUGAGUUUACUUUAAGUGCUCCUGAUAAGAUUAAGGUUUUGCUUUUGCUAGCUACCAAGUUAAAACAUAAGUUAACGUAUGCAGCAGCAGAGUGCAUCAUGAGGCUGGCCGGUGUCUGGUCUAAAGACUUUUCAUUUUCUGCAUCCAAACAUAUAUUGAAAGCUGCCAUAAAUAUGUAUUCAACAUCUGUACGUGUUCAUCAUGUGUGUCCUGACUGUAAGAUGUAUGUUGGGGAAGCUAUUGAAGACCUUCUUGAAUGCAGAAAUUGCUCGACUGAGAUCAAUGCCAAGGUAAACAAGAAGAAUGGCAAUGUAUUUCUAUACAUAUCUAUAGCUGAUCAAAUCAAGUUUCUGCUGACCAAUGGACUCUUUGACAAACUUAUCAAGCCAGAGCAUCGCCAGAAAAUAAAGCAAGGAAAUUAUGAAGAUAUCUUUGAUGGAAAAAUAUAUAAGCUAAGAGUUGGUCCCAACAGUGUAUCUCUUAAUUUUUUUGUUGAUGGUUUUCAGGUAAAAUGCACAAGCAAAAGCUCUGCUGUGCCAGUCUUGUUGAAUGUGAAUGAAUUACCUCUGCAUCUCCGAAGGAAGCAUGUCAUGAUGGCAAGUGUGUGGCUGGGGAAGAAAAAACCUAACAUCAACGAAUAUCUGAAACCUUUUGUAAAAGAAUGCAUCGAGCUUCAGCAAACCGGAAUUUCUUUCAAGAUCAAUGGGCAGGAUAAGCACCUUAAUGUGGUUCCACUAAUGUGUAUUAGUGACUCUGUGGCUCGACCAACUCUCAGAAAUUCAACCCAGUUUAAUGGUGAUUACGGCUGUGGUCUCUGUUACCAUCCAGCUUUCGAAAUGAGACGAGGGAGAGGACACUGCAAAUCUUAUUCCAUCUUAGAAAGAGAAUUUCCCCCUCGUACCCAUGAGGAGACCAUGGAGAAAGCCAGGAUUGCGGAUACAUCAGGAAAGCGCCAGCAGGGCAUUAAAGGAACCUCAAUAUUGUCAGAGAUUCCUGGGUUUGAUAUAAUUAAUUGUGUUGAUCUUGAUUUGUUUCAUGCUCUUGUCAAUUGUGCAAAAAGAUUUGCUAAUCUUUGGUUCAGUAAGAAGUAUUCAGGGAAACACUUUAAUGUGCAUGCAAGAUUUGCUGAGAUAGAUGAACGUCUCCUUUCGAUUACUCCUACUGAUAAUGUUUCUAGAGGCCCCAGAUCUCUAAGUGAACGUGCUGAUUAUAGAGGUCAUGAGUGGUUUUCAUGGGUGGUAUUUUAUAGUAUUCCAGUUCUUAAAAAUAUUGUUUCCAAUCGUGUACUCAACCACUGGUCUCUAUUAGUGCUUGGUAUUGUCCUUUUAAUGCAGAAUUCUGUGUCUAAAGUUGAUAAGGUGCAUGCUGAAAGGUUUCUGCGACGGUUCAAUGCUGAAAUUGACAGUUUGUAUGGUGCUGAGCAUGUCACAUUUAGCACCCAUUUACUGACUCAUUUGGCAAGAAGUGUGUAUAACUUUGGCCAGCCCUGGACCCACUCAGCAUUUCUCUUUGAAAACUUUAUAGGUUUAUUGAAGGCUGCUAUCCAUGGCAGCAAUGGAAUUGCCCAUCAAAUUGCUAAGUUCAUCCAACUCAAAAUUGCUUUGAAAACUAUGGAAAUUGAUUUGGACUGGGCAAUGUGUGAUGCUGAGAGAGAUUUCUUGAAGUCUCUUACGUGCUCGAGUAAAGUUCUAGCAGAACCUCGUAUGUCUGUUGGGGACGUCAGUUUUCUUGGUGAGCCUAAGACUGUUGUGUUAUCACAUAACUUACAAGAAAUCAUUUUACAGGAAGGAUUUCAACCUGCUUUUGGAACAGAUGUUGUAAUGUUUGAUAGAUGUAGCUUCAACAAUGAAAUAUUUCAGUCUGUGAAUUAUUCUAAAGUUGAAAAACAAAAUAAUAGUGUUGUUCUUCUUUUAAGUGGAGAAGUGUUUGAAAUUCAUUCUUUUUUAGUAAUUGAUGGUGUGGCUCUAGCAUUGGGCCAUUAUUUAGUGAGAAACAGAACUCAAUUAUGCAAUACUGUUCUUCCACACAUUGAGAUAUUUAAUGACAAAUUUGAUGAAACUUUAAGAUGUGUGCCUGUUUUAAAUUUUGACAUGAAGCUCCUCUCAUUCUGCCUCUCCAUUUCUCCAGAGCAAUCUCUAAGGUUUGGUUGUAUCAAUGUGUUAGAAAAGGAAAUGCUUCAUUAGUUUUGAUUUAUUGUUUAUGACAACGCAUUUGGAUUGAAUUUGGCUGAUGGUUUCCUUAUUUACGCAUGGCUUUUUGAAUGGAUCUUCAUUCAUUUUUUACCUUUGUGAAAUGUUGAAAUUAUUGCUUGUUUGCCUUUUUAAAUCCUGUUCUUGCGAUACAUCACCACCUUAUUGACUUAUGGAAUUGUAAAUAUGUAUUCAUUACUUUUGCUCCAUAAAUAAAGUCCUGAAAGCAACUGCA